CUCGCAAUUCCUCAUUAAGUUGCAGGCUUUUUGUUCAAGUAUAUGGCAUCUUAUUUGUUUAGUCGUAGUGCUCAAAAACGGGCAUUUUUCGUUUUCAACACCAUCUUUUGGGUUCUUGGUUUGGGUUCCUUACUGAUCGGCUUGUGGUCUUAUGUAACAAAGCAGACUUACAUCGAUCUUAUUCCAUCAUCUUAUGGUACUCUUUCUGCAGUUGGCUUAUGUAUUGCGGCUGGACUUACAGUGAUUAUUAUUACAUUUGUUGGUUGUUUAGGAGUAUGGAUUGAAUCACGCUUACUUUUACUUGCUUAUAUAUUUUUCGUCUUUCUUCUGUUGGCCGUUCAAUUCGUUGUGAGUGUCCUUGCGUUGAAUUAUCAGUCGGAUAUAUAUCGACUUGUACACAGUGAUAUGGAGCAAAGCUUAAAGUAUCAUCGGGAAGUGUUUACGAGUAGUCAGUUGACAUGGGAUAAUUUGCAGAAAGUGUUCCUCUGCUGCGGUGUAAAUGGCCCGGCAGAUUGGCUUGAUAAUCAAGAAUGGUCAAACAGUUCUUACGUUCCUGAUAGUUGUUGUAAUGAGAUUUAUUUCAAUCUCAAUUCUUCGAUGAAAAAUUGCGGCAAACACAAGGAAAAUUGGGACCUGUGGUUUCAACGGGGUUGCAGUGAAGUUUAUACGAAUUGGGUCUUUGAAGAAAUUAAGAUUGCAGCCUACAUUGCUGUAGUCUUCAUUUGCAUUGAGUUUUUCCUCUUGGUACUGGUACUUCUCAUAUUUCGAUCGACACGUGGAAGUCGGAUGUCAUACAACUGCUCUAGUUCUACUUACCAUUACUCGAAAGGAGUUAAUGUAGCAUUACAUCACGAAAAGCCUAAGGACUCUUUUUCUCGCAGUUAGGUUGCUGCACAUGUACCGACCGUAUUUGUAUAUUAAGCGUGACUAUUAAGUUGUUAUUGAAGUGAUGGACUGUUUUUCUACUCAUUUAUUCAGUUUUCCAUAGACCGCAUUUCUUGAUUUUCAUUCCGAUGUAAAUUUCCAGAAUUAGAAGGACUGUGUUUCUUUAGUUUCAGUUUGUUUAAAACUUUCUUUAUUUUACUGUUCAUCUUCCGUUCCUCAUUCUGUUGUUAGUAUCAGUACUUUGUUUGACGUGGUAAUUUUACUAUCGUAACCGCUUCGAUGGAAAAAUUUUAUAAUAUGGCUAUAUUAAUCCUUCCGUCUGAUCUCAGUUUUUCAUUUUGAAAACUGUUGGCUUUUGUUUUUCGUUUUGUAACUGUACAUAUUCUACAUGAUUGAUUUUAUUUUUACUCCUUUAUCAUUCAUCGCCUUCUUAUCAUGGUUUCCAUUUUUUCAGUUCCUAGAAGUAUUCUAGACUGCUUAUAUUGAAUAUAUUUUUCUGACCUGUCAUGAUUUUUAAUACAAGAAAUCGGCAUCUGUUUUCACUGCAUGUAAACACUGUGUCUCGAAAUAUAGUAUCUCCAUGCGAUGCUGAGGUAUGUUCUGCAUGUUACGAUAUUUCCUUGUACUAUAAUCGUUCUCCGUGUACAUUACGUUGUUGUUUUGUCAGCGAAUGCACUCUCACUCACUGUUGAACGGUUUAUGAAAUCCAGGAACAAAUGUUUUCGUUCCAAAUUUUUUAUCUGUUCCAUGGUAUUCUGGAAUGUUUGCUACAUUCAGCUUUAGAAAGAAAGAAAAAAGGAUGUAAUCAUAACGCUGGGUUAUAAAAAUGCGUCGUAUCAUGCACGUAAUACAUGCUGAUGAGAGUAGCAGUAGUUCGUCUUUUCUCAGGAAUGAUAAUUCCGGAUUUAAAAGUACACAUAGCACGCC